GCGCAUCCGUUCGAUGUUCGCUAGUAACAUCUGCCAGUACGCCACUCAUGUUGUUACAUUUGUUCUGAGCUUGUGAAUAGUUCAACGAGUUAUCUAGAAGAUAUGGUGUACGACAUGUCACCCAUCAGGCACCUGCCAGUCAUAUUCGUGAACGGUGUGCCCGGAGCCGGCAACCAGACAGUCGCCGAGACGAUGUCGAGCAUCACUGGGUACAUGAUGAUACGGCCAGGGGAGCUGAUUCGAGCGGAGGCGGAGAAGGACACCGCCAGGGGUAGGAUGAUUUCGGAUAAACUGAACGCGCAGGAAGACAUUUCUGAGCAAUUAACAGUGGACCUGAUCAAAGAGAAAAUGCUGAUGAACCAAGACGCGAAGGGCUUUAUCCUGGUGGGUUUCCCCAGGAACCCGCGGAUGUCCAACAUUUUCAACAAGCAGGUCAAGUGGCCGGAGAAGAUCGUUGCUUUGGAAGUUGACAAUGAGGUAGCAGCGACCAGGUUACAAAACAAGCUAUCCGAACUGGGUCGGCCGGAGUGCGAGAUUAACGCAGCGCGACAGAUAGUCAAGCAGGCGGCGCACAAAGUGAAAAAUGUCCACAAACGAUUUGGCGGGCAUGUGAUUACGUUGGACAGCAGCGGCAAUCCUAAAGCCCUCGCAACCACUCUCAAAGAGAUCCUAUCAGACACAAUGGAAAAAGCGCAACGGAAGGAGGCACCAGCUACAGCCUCUGCACCAGCCAUGAUGACGAGUCCUGAACCAGAAUGCGCGGAGGUGGAAACGUGAUUUGAUAGAUUUAUUCGAAUCUAAUAUAUGCUAUGGC